UGUGCUUCACGUCGGGGUCCUGGUUGUAUGUCUUAGUGUGUGCCUGCACAGUUGUGGUGGGCCCUUGUGCCUGGCUUGUAUUUGGCCAUGUUGUCUAUGACUGCUGUGUAUCUGGACACCUACUUGGUGUGCAGGAGUCAAAACUCAUGUGUGCUGUUUGAGUGAGGCGUGGGUUCAAGCGUACACUCAGGGCGCCCUUGGGGUCUGCCUACUGUUGGAGUUGACACAGAACUAGACAAUGACGGUUCUCCAGGGAGCUGAGUCCAUAAAGUUUCCUCAGGACCAACGAGGGGAGACCCCAGGGCCUCAAGAAUCUGGAGACCAGGAUUCUGCAGGCAAUGAGAAGCAUGAUCUUCAAGUUACCCCACAAGAAGGCAAUAGUGAGCCAAUUGUCCAAGACCUGGCCCAGGUUGUUGAAGAGGCUACAGGGGUUCCGCUGCCCUUUCAGAAACUCAUAUUUAAGGGAAAAUCUCUGAAGGAAAUGGAGAUGCCAUUGUCAGCACUUGGAAUACAAAAUGGUUGCCGGGUUAUGUUAAUUGGGAAAAAGAACAGUCCGGAGGAAGAAGCUGAGCUAAAGAAGCUGAAAGAUUUGGAGAAAUCUGUGGAGAAGAUAGCUGACCAGCUGGAAGAGCUGAAUAAAGACCUUGCUGGAAUCCAGCAGGGUUUUCUGGCCAAGGAUUUGCAAGCUGAAGCUCUCUGCAAACUCGAUAGGAGAGUAAAAGCCAUGAUCGAGCAGUUUAUGAAGAUCUUGGAGGAGAUUGACACACUAAUUCUGCCAGAAAAUUUCAAAGACAGUAGAAUGAAAAGGAAAGGUUUGGUGAAAAGGAUUCAGGCCUUCCUAGCUGAGUGUGACACAGUGGAGCAGAACAUCUGCCAGGAGACGGAGCGACUGCAGUCCACGAACUUGGCCCUCGCUGACUGAGGUGAGGCAGAGAAGGCCGUGCUGCAGUGAAGAACAGCCCUACCAGCUCUGCCAUCUCUGGAGCAGAAGUUACCCGCCUUCCCCAGAGCUGCUGGGGGCAACUGGCCCAUUGCCUUUUCCUUCUCUCACACCUGCUCUCAAUGAACAAGUAUCGUCUGUACAGUCUUUAGCCUCCUGUCAGCUUCUUGUUCUGUCUCUGUGGAUCUGUGCUGUCUAGCAGCCCACCUUGCCUGGAGAGUGCCCCCCUGACCAAGUCUUCCCAGCUGUUUGGACCUUUGGGUGCUUUCUUUGGGCUGGUGAGAGCUCUUAUGUAUCCUGAGGUAGUUCUGAGUUUAUCGGCCAUUUUGGUCUUCAGAUCCAUGAGGCCUUUUUGUGCUUAUGAUCCCAUAAACCUGGCUGUGUAAACCAGAAUCACCAGGAGCCCUUGUCUGGUGAGGACAGUCGGGAAUGGGUCAGAACAGAUAGCCCGAGUGUCUCUCAUGUGACCUGAUUCUGAAACAGCCGGCCGGUUGUGGGUUCAUGACCCUGUCCUCAGCUCACAGUGACCCUGAUUAGCCAUAGGUCAUGAGAUCUCUGGUUCAUUCCUGGAGUUGGGCCUGUGGUUGAUAUAUGGACUGCCUUGCUCCCAAGCAAAUCUCUAGAAGGUUAGAACCCAGAGUUGACUAAGUCUCUGCUUGAAACCAGGUCAGAACCCUGGCUUACAAGGGGCAGUGAGGAGGGCCAGAGUGAAUACACCAGGCAGGUAGUGAAGGGCAACCAUAAACCUCUUAGGAGUUCCUUCAGAGGUGGUGUUGUGAGCCAUCCCCUUCUGAGAUCUACAUUUUCUUCAAGUUACUUUGAGGUUGUUUCUGUCUGUUUUGUGGUCCUUUCCCCCUUCAUUUGUUAUUUAAAAAAUAAAGCAGUUUAUAUACAUAUCAGCAAGCAGAAGAGUAUUAAAACUUUAUUUUUUUUUGACUUGCCAUACAGCAUGUGGGACUUAGUUCCUGACCAGGGAUCUAACCCAUGCUCCUGCAUGGAGUUGUAACCACUAGUCCACCGGGGAAAUCCCAAAAGAGUGUUUAAACAUUUUUUUCUUUUUGGUAGAUGAAGUAUGAGAAACAGAAGCCUUCUGAGAUUCUAGUCCAGAAGUCAGGAGUGGUCUACAUACUUCAGUGGCCUCUUAAAUGGGUCAGCUGAUGUUACCCCCAUUUUUCACACAGUGCCCAGGAGAAAAAUUCCUAAAGGCCACUCUGAGGCCAAUCUUAUCUGGCAGAGAGGGCGUCAGUGAAACCCCAGGAAUUUAGGGCUAUGUGGGUGGGGCCGAGGACAAAGUGGGAGCAUGUGGACGAGGCUCAGGGUCCCACUGGCCCACCCCCAACUGUAACCAGAGUAGUUCAGUGUUGACCUGUUUAUGUGCAGUAGCUGUGUGGUCUUGGGCCACACCAAGUUCCUGUGUGCCAGAUACCAUUCUAAGUUCGUUAGUCAUUUAAUCCUCACAUAGUCCAGGAAGUAGACAGAUACUCUCCCUGUUUUAGAGAUGAGCUUAGGUGAUUUGCUCAGGAUCAUAGAGUAAGUGACAAAGCCAGGACACAAACUAGGCGGCUUGAUUCCAAGCCAGUGUUCUUCAUCUCUACUGAUUUUCAUCCCCGCUGACAUGGGGCUGCUCACACCUUCUCACUUUCUCUUUUCCUAUUUAUCUCCUGUGUUGGUCUGUGUACUUCCUCUCUGGUCCUCUCCAUUCAUUCUCCAUGGAGCGGCUGAGCGAUCAUGAUUAUGAUCUCGUCAUGUCAGUCCCGUGCUUAAAAAUCUCAGUGACCCCCGUUUUCUUAGGAUAAAGGCCAAGGUCCUUACCCUUUUCAUCUUGACCCGCUCUCCUGUUUACUCUGCCAUCAGCCCCUCUGGGCUAGUUCAGGUCCUCGGGUGCUCUGAGCCCUCUCUCACUGUGGGAUCUCCGCACACACUCUUCUUCUGCUGGGACAUUUCCCCACCAUCGUUCCCCUACGCCUGCCUCCGUCCUAGGCGACUGCUGUUAUCCUGCAGAAUGUAAAUCUCUCUUCCAUAGAGAACCUCACCUACUGAUGUUCCUGACAGUCUGAGACUGUCAAGCCCCCAGGGGAUGUCCUCUCACAGCUUGUGGCUAUUUUUAUGAUAAACAGCAUUUAUCAUGGUCUAUGAUGAUUUAUCUGUGGGGUUAUUUGAUUAAUAUUUGCCUUUCAACACUAGUUCCUUGGAUUAAGGAACUUCUUUGUUUUGUUAACAGUGUAUUUGAAGCACAUUGUUCGGCUUAUAGCAGGUGCUCAAUAAAUAUUUGGAGACUGAA